CACUCAUCUAGAACAGCCGCAUACACCCUGGACACCCGGUAGUCCCUCCUCUACACCACCCAGUCGCAUUAAUGGCUCCGUGGCGAGGGCAGGCCGAUUUCCACCCAACUAGGCGUUUAGGAUACCGAAACCCGAAUCACUCUCCUUUCUUAUUCCUGACGUUCAUUCUUGUUCAUCAGGACCAAGGCUUUUGAUGUCUUUUUUCAGUAUUAAAUCCAUCCUCCGGCACGGUGGCUUGUGCAUGUCAUGUCCGGUCUUCUCAACGCACUGCUCCUUCCUACCUUUUUUUGGUUGCCAUUCUUUGUUUACUUACCCCCUAAGAAAACAGUACCCACCAGCCGAAAACGACUAGUAACCUCACAUCAUGGCAAUGGGAGGUGAGGGCCCCGGGGCCAUAACCGUAAUGUGGGUUAUGGUCGCACUUACUGCACUUUGCGUCAGCCUACGAUUAUACGUUCGUACUAUUCUUGUGGCGAAUACGGGUUAUGAUGAUCAUGUUUAUGUUCUUGCGUUUAUAUUACUCGUCGGCUACACAAUCUGCUGUACCAUAGCAGCCCACUACGGUUUUGGGCAAAACAUGUGGGACAUCCCACCGGAAGAUGUCCCCGGCGCCAUCAUGUGGGAGGCUAUCGGCCAGUGCUUCGCCGUUAUCGGCAUGGCUUUGGCAAAAUGGUCGUUGGGACUCUUCCUGUUGCGCCUGGUCACCCAGACAUGGCACAAAGUUAGCAUCUGGCUUAUGAUGGGAUCGCUUAUGGGCGCUUCAAUCUCCGUCUGCUUUGUCUUUAUGCUUCAGUGCUCGCCGCCGGCGUAUCUCUGGGAUCGAUCGAUUCCUGGGGGUCAUUGUGAUUUGAAUGCUACACCAGUUUCUUUGACGCUUACUACCCUCUGUGUCAUUGCCGAUUUCUUCUUCGCUCUCAUGCCUUGGAUCUUCCUCUGGAAACUCAACAUGAAUCAACGAGAAAAGAUGAUCAUCGCCAUCAGCAUGAGUCUAGGCGUCAUCGCCGGAGCCUGCGGCAUCAAACGCACCCUCCAAGUCCCCAACCUCUCCACAAACAACUACUCGCACGACACAGUCGGCCUGAUUGUCUGGUCCUCGGCCGAGAUCGCCAUCACCAUGAUCUGCAUCGGCAUUCCCGUGUGCCGACCACUUUACAAGUCCUUCUUUGAAAAAAUCAUCUCCUCCCGUAACGGUAGCGGGGGGUACCAAAAACAGAGCGGCGGGGCCAGUCAAAGCCUUGGUCUGCGCACGAUUGGUGGCGGCGUCAUCCCUGGCAGGUCUGGGGGGCAAGAUAGCAAGAACAAGUCCAGGCCGGGUAGGGAUGAUGAGUCGGAUGAGUUUGAACUACAGAGAGAGAGAACGAUGCCAGAUAGUAGUGGGAGUGAUGGGCUUGGACUUGGACCUGCUGGAGCAGGGCAGAGUCCGUUCAAUGAUGCGAAUGCGAUUUCUGGUUCCUCCGCGACGGUAGCGGUGGGACGAGUGGGUGGGAUGGAUAACAGAAGUGAGGAGUCAAUUUUGGGCGAAGAGUAUCGGAGAGGACAUGGAAAGGACAAUGGUGACUUGGAGAGAGGGGAGGGUCCUGGUGCCGGACAAGCACAAGGAGCAGGACACCGGGGAAAUAAAAGAAGCUCGGGAGGAAAGGGGGCGGUGAUCCAGGUUACGGAGGAGUGGCAUGUCACGAGGGAGUGAGUGACUGGACCUGACUUUGCGCUGGGUAUUAUUGUCCGUUUCUUGGAUGUUGUUAUGGCGCCGGUGAUAACAAGGAUGGCGUUUUGUU